CAGUGAAGAAAUCCUCUCAGUUCUCACCUGAACUGUCAACACCAUGGUCUGGAUUUGCAAACUCCAGAUGAGCCCAGCUGUCAUCCAUGCGACCGCACCAGGGCCGGUCGAGUCAUCUUUCUCCACGUCAGAAGUUUCGACGCAUCAUGGCCUGGGGCUGGUGUGGCACGCAGCGGCGGCUGCAGAUGGUGCUCAGUGCGGAGCAGAGGAGGACCCGGACACUAGGCUCUACCAUGGGAUGCUGCAGCGUGACCCAGAGGCACACUGGGAUCGAUGAGGUGGGCCCGGACGAGAUUGAGCUGCUGGAACUCUCCGGAGACAAUCUCGGCAUGUUCAGCGUUGGAGAGAGCCGACUCCAACUGUCGGUGAGGAGCCGAGAAGAUGAGCCCCCUCCCUCCGCACGACCCUUGGAGCAAGAGGUGGUUCUCUGGGGUCGCAGCAGGGAAGAGCUCCAUCACAGGAUCUACUCGCCUCAACCCAUCAGAGACUGGGAGGGUCGCCCCGCGCACAUGUACGGAGAGAUAGUCCACUCUUCUCUGGUGUCCCUCUUCAACAACUACACACAACAGGAGUCCGACGAGUAUUUCUUGGUCUUGUUCUCGUUCCAUCUGCUGCUUCUCUCUCUGGACCGAACAAGACAAGACUUUGUAUAUGAGGGUAUCCUUCCUUUAUCCGGGCUUUCGUUCCAGCCGCUCUCUCUGGAUCCGGAGUCCUCGCCUCAUAUGUUGGAGAUCAGCAGUCCGAUGAUGGACUCCAAGGUCUUCAACUGCCACAGUGCUGCCGAGCUGCAGAGAUGGAUGCAGCACCUGGAGGACCGCAGAUUCAAGUCCAAGACUCACAUCAGCAGCCCGUCCCACUGUGCUCUCUCCUAUCUGCUGCCAUGUGAUGAGCACUGGAAGCGAGAAGAACUGAAGAAGUACCUGCUGCAAGCUCCAAUCUGGCAGUGGGAGGGGUCACCGAUCCAGCACAUGGGACCCCCAGGAUUUUUAUCAGUCGUCCAUAUCAUCAAUUCACAAAGACAGGGACUUCAUGAACGCUUGAUGGUUCUCUUCCCAGAAGAUGUGUUGCUGCUGUCGCUGGAUGCCAAGCAGCUCAACCUGAGAUAUGAGGGCCGACUUCCUCGAGCCAGCAUCCAGGCCCUGGAGCGCUCAGCUGUGCCUGGACGGUUCGAGUUCGAGCUCAUGGGGGAGCUGCUGGAGCCGCUACAGGUGUCUUGCACCUGCAUGGAGGAUUACCAGAACUGGAUCUUCCACCUUCAACAAGUGCGGACCAAGAGCUGCCUCCUAUAGGGAUGAGAUGUCCGGAGAAGGAGU